AUGCCUGUGUCACAUCAUGUCCUUGACUUCUUCUGCCCUCUAAAUGAGCGGCUGGAACCCCUUCACAGCCAGCACAUUGAAUCCACUCUGGGUGAUUGUCCUGUUGUUAAUGAGGUGCUGCAGGAUCUGGCUGCAGAACUUCUGACAGUUGACAACAAGAUCAAAGGGGCGGUUUUGCGCCGCCGUAUGGCAGUGCACGUCAAGCGCUUCGUAAUCGAGUCCGCAGUCGGAGUCGAAUUGAGAAUAACGGCUGUAGAUGGGGCAAAUCAUUUUACAAUGGAGCCCCCUACCGGUUUUUAUGAAUUUGCCACGAAUACUCUUGUGGCAAUGUAA